UGGAUGAGAUGCUGAAGAGCUGGCGAUGCUGUGACGCACAGACCGAGGCAGGAAUCAGCGGAUGGGAGCCAAGAAUGAUGUCUUCUUACUAUCAUCCGACCAAGGAGGCAGACAUGGCGGCCAUGGCGGAGCCGCUCUGCCUAGAAAGAGAUGUGUGCAGGGUGAUUGAGUUGUUGGACCGGUUGCAGCGCAGAGGUGAGCUGCCUCCCCCCAAACUGCAGGCCCUGCAGAGAGUCCUACAGAGCAAGUUCUGUGCCGCCAUCAGAGAGGUAUAUGAGCAGCUGUAUGACACUCUAGAAAUUGUCGGAGGACCAGAGGUGCGAGCGCAGGCAACAGCCAAGGCCACUGUGGCGGCCUUUGCAGCCAGCGAAGGCCACGCCCACCCACGGGUUGUGGAGCUUCCCAAGACAGAUGAGGGACUGGGCUUCAAUAUUAUGGGUGGCAAAGAGCAGAACUCCCCCAUCUACAUCUCCAGAGUGAUACCUGGCGGGGUGGCGGACCGCCAGGGGGGGCUGAAGAGAGGGGACCAGCUGCUGUCUGUCAACGGAGUGAGUGUGGAGGGCGAGCACCACGAGAAGGCCGUGGAAUUGUUGAAGGCUGCACAGGGUUCUGUCAAGUUGGUGGUGCGCUACACCCCCAAGGUCCUCGAGGAGAUGGAGGCUCGCUUUGAGAAGAUGAGGACAGCCCGGAGGCGACAGCAGCACACAAGCUACUCUUCUCUGGAGUCCAGGGGCUAACGGACCCAAUAGCUUCAUCCACGUCAUUAUCCAUCCUAUCUGACGCCUGUGUCCCCGUUGGAGACAUGUCCACCGAUGAGAAGUAGAAAACCAAAGAAGCCUACUAACGCCUGCUACCUGAAAUUAAGCCAAACACUAGAUUGGCUUUGUCACCGCUCUCCCAAUCCCUAUUUCUUAGAAACGUGCAGAUGUGUGUGUAGGGUCCAGUCCUGGUGAACCAGUGUCCGAACCACAUAAGGGCAAAGUCUUACAUUGAUAUUUAACUGUAUCCCAGUGUUUUGAUUCAGAACAUGCGCAUACGUAAGUGGUAGUCUUAAAGUACGUGGAAACGUACACAUUAGACACUUACGCCUUCCAGACCAUUUUCUCUGUGAUAGAUGGCUGACCAUGAGCAUUAUGACAAACUACGCUCAACUGCUGGCAAACAUUACAUUAGUUCUUAGACUGUCUCCUAUGUAUCAAUAUGUGGUUUAGUCGUGUAAUAAACUGGAAAUCAAACAGU